AAUCCAUAAAAUUGUGAGAGAAAAUGCAACAGUCCCUUUGGACUCCGAUAGAGAGAAAUUGUCUCCAUCUUCUCCAAUGCAAGAAGCACUCGAAAGCCUCGGUCCUCCAAAUCCAUGCUUUCAUGCUCCGGCAUGCCCUCGACACCAACGUCAAUCUCUUCACCAAGCUACUCACCUGCUACUCCUCCCUCCUUCACGGGCACGUGCGGCGGGUGUUCGACGCUAGUCCCCACAAAGACGACGGGUUCCUCUGUAACAUCUUGAUCAGAGCUUAUGUGGGCGUACGCCAAUACGAGGAUUCUUUGGUUGUGUACAGAGAUCUCAAGAGGCACACUCGCUUUGUGCCUGAUAGUUUUACGUUUACUGCGCUGGUGAAGUCUUGUUCUUCUUCUGGGAUGUUCCUCUGGGAAGGGUUACAGUUGCAGAGUCUUGUUGUGAAGAUUGGGCUGUGCCUAGAUUUGUAUGUCUCGACGUCGUUCGUGGACAUGUACGCCAAAUGGGGCAGAACGGACUUCGCGAGGAAGGUGUUCGAUGAAAUGCCUGAGAGAAGCUUGGUUUCAUGGACUGCGUUGGUUGGUGGAUACGUGAAAUCAGGCGAUAUAAGUACUGCUAGGAAGUUAUUUGAGCAAAUGCCCGAAAAGGACCUUGCAGCAUUUAACUUGAUUAUUGAUGGGUAUGUUAAGCUGGGGGAGAUGGAGUCAGCUAAGCGAUUAUUUGAUGAGAUGCCAGAGCGGAAUGUGAUCACUUGUACCAGUAUGAUUUAUGGAUAUUGCCACGUUGGUGAUACUGAAUCUGCCUGCUUAAUUUUUGAAUCUAUGCCAGAUAGAAAUCUAUAUACUUGGAACGUAAUGAUUAGUGGAUAUUCCCAAAAUAAUCAACCCCAUGAAGCAUUGGGAUUGUUCCAUCAAAUGCAGUUGAGAGCAUCAAUACAACCUGAUGAAGUAACCAUUGUGAGCAUACUUCCAGCAAUAGCAGAUCUGGGUGCUCUGGAUUUGGGUAAUUGGGUCCACCAGUUUGUUCGGAAGAAGAAACUCGACAGGAAAACCAAUGUAUGUACUGCACUCAUUGACAUGUUUGCUAAAUGUGGCGCAAUUAGUGAAGCCAGAACUGUUUUUGAUGAGAUGCGCAAUCGAGAAUUAGCUUCUUGGAAUGCGCUGAUCAAUGGGCUGGCCAUUAAUGGCUGUGGGCAGCAAGCAUUGGAGAUAUUUUUGGAGAUGCAACGCAGUGGGUACAAACCCAAUGAGGUCACGCUGCUAGGUGUUUUAUCAGCUUGCAAUCACGCUGGUCUACUAGAGGAAGGGAAGAGGUGGUUUAAAGCCAUGGACGUGGAGUUCGGUCUUACACCUGAGAUUGAGCACUAUGGUUGCAUGGUUGAUCUAUUAGGGAGAGCAGGGUGCUUGGAUGAAGCGGAGAAUUUGAUCAACCAUAUGCCAUAUAAGGUUAAUGGAAUAAUACUAAGUUCCUUUCUCUUCGGAUGUGGUUACUUUAAGGAUGCAGCAAGGGCUGACAGGGUGAUAAAGAAUUCUACUAUUGCGGAGCCAUGGAAUGAUGGGAACUACGUAAUUUUGCGCAACCUUUAUGCAAUGGAGAGGAGGUGGAGAGAUGCAGAGGAAAUCAAGGGCUUGAUGAGGGAAAGGGGUGCAAAUAAGGAGAUUGGUUGCAGUGUUAUUGAGAUUGAUGGUGAAGUAAGGGAGUUUGUGGCUGGAGAUAGGAUGCACCCAAAGUGGCAACAUAUCCACUCAACUUUGGGCCGUUUGUUUGUGCACAUGGAGGAAUUAGAUACACAUGUAUAGUGGACUUAUAUUACUUGGAUCUAACAUGAUUGGAAUGAGUUCCUACAAGGAUCCCGUGAAUCUAUGUAAUUUUGAAUCCAAUGCAUAGGGGCUGAUGCAGGAUUUAGAUUGAGGCCGGGAUUCUUGAGGAAAAACAAGUGUUCAAUAUGAACGACAGUUGGCUGAGGUUGAGCAUGUAGGAAAUUCUGAUAGAAGGUCAAGAAUCAGGGGUCAAUAUGAACGACAGUUGGCUGAGGUUGAGCAUGUAGGAAAUUCUGAUAGAAGGUCAAGAAUCAGGGGGGAUGUGCUUCCCUUUUUGCUACCUCUAGGUCCAUCUAUGCUGAUGCAAUUGAAGUGUUGAUUUCGGAGAUUAAUGCAAAGUUAAGUUGAAAGUCACGGGUGGGUAAGUGAGCUUCCUAGCAUGCUCGCUGGAUUGGUCAUGCAUGAGAAAGUCCGGUGGAAGACACGGAAAAGAUGAUUCGGAUCCUCAAUGAGCCCCACCAGGCCCAGUUGCCAAGCCUAUGUGGGUCUGACCAUAUCGUGGAACAUGCGCGGGAGCCGGUGGUUCAGUGUUCCAACCAAAUUGGGGUUGUAACUUUGUGUUGUUAGAGGUGAACAGCCUCUCUUUGGCUCAUGCAGAAUUCUACUUGGGCCGAAAGUGGGCAUUUGCACUCAGUUUAUGCUUUAGGAUCUGGAGUGAGCUUUGGGAUUGUCUUUCAUACUCUUCCAGCUCCGGGAAUCCUUGAUAUGAUUUUUUCCUGAGGAUCAUAUAUCUAAAUCACUACUACUCUAUCAGCCGAGGCCUUUCAUCUCAGUUUCAAUAUCCAAUUUGCCCAUUUUGAAAUUUCUUUCAUAAUGUCCUUUACCCACUAAAUGCAACUCCCACUAUACGGACAGUUACCACGUAUUCCCCCACUUUUCAUGGAGAGCAGUUAACCGCCUAACCCAGAAGCAGCUUCUACACCUCCACAGCAGCCGUGCUUCCGGCACUGCCUCUGACUGACGGUACUCCCCUCCAAGCUCCUCCCGCGGAAUCCCCCAGACCCGACCAGCUUCUCCAGCUCACAGCAGUGCCUACGCCUCCGCCUCCUACUGCCAUCCGCCUCUGUUCAGGUAAUCAUAUAAGCAGACUUGAUUAUUGCUUUUCCGACCAUCAGUUGCUCUCACAUAUAUCUCCCCUCAUAUUCUCACCACUCUCACCAUCUCUCAUUGGUUUCCGAUCUUAAUUUCUUCGGGCCUUUCCUAGAUUGGUUUGCCCAGGAAGUUGUCAGCCUUCAUUCACUGAUUCAAGACCAAUAAUUUCAAGGUCUCACCUUCUCCUUUUUUUGUUCUUUUUUUUUUGUCUCCCGAUCCCCUUAUAAUAUCAUUAUCGUAUGUCCAUCUGGUUUUGCUUGGCUCAUGAGAAGAUGCCUGCAAUUAGGAGACUUCUGCUUUUGUUUUAAUCUCUUCUACUAGGACGCUUUUUGCUUUGGGUUGGCUGCAUGGUAAUUUCCACCAUAAAGUGCCUAAUAUUAUCAUUGUGUCUGAACAAAGAGGGGGGAAAAAAAAAAAACCGGUUGUGUCUUUUCUAGGUCCUUCUCCUCUCAUUUUUGCGGACUUUGUUUGAGGUAAUAUUAUCAUUUCUGGGUCCUCCUCCGCUUGUCUCUGAACAAAGAACAAAAAAAAAACACCUUCCUUUUAUUGAGUCCGCUUGUAUGGUCAACUUUUUCUCUGAAAUGGUUCAUCUCACUACAAAUUCAUACUGAACUUACAGUUUUGAAAUUAUGCUUCCUCAUCAGACUGAGGUUGCUCUGCUCACUCCUCUCUUUUCCUUUUCCAGCUUUGUAACUUGACAGUCUGCUUUCACUGGCCAAUAGAUAUUUUUGGUAAUUGCAGUGGAUAUAGACCUUUGUUUCGUUGGAUUGGACACAGUUAGCGAAUACGGAAAGGUAUGGAGAGAACGGCCUUUGCUGUACCAGUUUAUGCUUUGGUCCUCUAGCUACUGUUGCAUCAUGAGAAAAUAGUUUUCCCAAGUUCAUACAAAAUGCUAUAUGUGGCUGCCUGUUCCGAAAGCUGUUCCGGAGGACAAGUGCAUCAACAUAUGCUGCUAAUGUUCAAUAUUACAGUUGCAUCCUCAUUUACUUGACUUGACCAUGCCUGCUUUUCUCAAGUCGCAGAAUUCUUUAUGCUCUGCAUUUAAACAAUGUCCAAUUGAAAUAGAAUUGUUUUCAGGCAUUCAUUUUCAGUCAGCUUA